UAUUAAGGCACAUUUUAUAAAACUUUAUAGUUCAUCCGGUUCACCCUUUCAGUUUUAUAUUGGUCUGGUCGAGGUUUGCGGAAGCGACGCUGAAAUCCGGAAGUUUGGGCGGUGGUUGAACGCGGCUGGAAACGGUCGAUCUCAGUUGUUCGCUUGUAGGUGAAACCAAAUACAGCCAAAAUGUCGAGCAAAUGUCGUACCAAGGGAAAGAUCACCAAGAAACGCCCUCAGCGGGCAACAUCGAACGUCUUCGCUAUGUUCGAUCAGUCACAGAUUCAGGAGUUUAAGGAAGCGUUCAACAUGAUCGACCAGAACCGUGACGGUUUCAUUGAUAAGGAGGAUCUUCAUGACAUGCUUGCUUCUCUUGGGAAGAACCCAAAAGAUGACUAUUUGGAGGCAAUGAUGACGGAAGCUCCUGGGCCAAUAAACUUCACUAUGUUCCUCACAAUGUUUGGAGAGAAGCUUAACGGCACAGACCCAGAGGAAGUCAUUCGUAAUGCAUUUGCCUGCUUUGACGAGGAAGGAACAGGCUUCAUUCAGGAGGACUACCUGAGAGAGCUGCUGACCACUAUGGGAGAUCGAUUCACGGAUGAAGAAGUCGAUGAGCUCUUUAGAGAAGCGCCAAUCGAUAAAAAGAGCAACUUCAACUACGUGGAGUUCACCCGUAUUCUUAAACACGGAGCCAAAGAUAAAGACGAUUAAACAAACGAAACACCUGGCAUCCUUUUAAAGAAAAAAAAAAUCCCCCUUUAGGCGAGAGAAAUCCGUGCUGUCCGUUCACCUGGAUCCCCAUGAGAAGCCAACUUUAACUUUAAUAUACUGUAUGUGCGUAUGAAAAUUAAAUGUUUACUCUGUUUAACUUCACUGGAAUAAGACGUCAUAUUUUGAAUGGGUUAUGAUACAGAAUCGCAAAAUCACUCAUGGUAUGAGCUGUUAAAAUGCAAGAUUGAACCAUGCACUUUUUUUUUUUU